GGCUUAGAUUAAUAUAACUGAAGAAGAAAAUACUAGUACGAAAUAAAUUUAUUACCUUAAUACCGAAACGGCGACAUGUCGAGCAAAGGUGGUCAAAAUCGCGUAAAAUUAGAGGUUUCCUUCGCUACAUUUUGUAAUGACGACCUUUUUAUCAGCAAUAUACUCGAGCCAAAGAAUGCAACGCCGUCGUUCGUACUUACAACUGGUUGCUUUCCGCAUGAGAUUAUCUUCGAUACUUGUGCAAGCAGAGCGGACAUCUCUUCUGUGCGCUUUAUACUCCAGGAUGCAAAAGACAUCAUUCUAGAGAGCAGCACUCAAAAUCAUGGCUCCUUUACCCCCCUCCUAGAACGUACGCUGGAACGCGGCACUCUGAUAGAAUGUAAGCAUAAACGCCCAACCGAUGAGCCACAAGAUUUGAGCUCGAGCCUCAGCAGCAGGAAACUGCCUUUCAACGGGGAAACCGCCGAGACAGCGAUUGUUUAUGGCAUCCAGACUGAGGUUGUGGAUCUAGAUCCUCAAACCAAUGGCAAAGGAAUUCAAGCGCUACGACUGCGUAUUCUCUCGGGGUACUCUGAUUUUGUUGGUAUUUUUCAGUUUCAAGUGUUGGGAGAGGAGUCAGAGCAACGUAUAGCUGUUGUUGAAAGCAAACCGGAGUUCACCCUGUAAGCAAAUCAAACGGAGUGUGGAAGGAAGGUGUGAGAGGAGACAAACUGCAGCAAAAAGGUAUGGAUUAUUUAACAACUUCGGAAAGAAAGCGCGCCAAAGACAGAAAAAGAAUAUUUCUUUAGUAGACUUUUGGGACCAUUAUUGACUUCUCCUUUAUUCUGUUUUCACUGACAAUGUUUUUUCCACGUAUUUAUUCUUCUGGUAAUGUGAAUUUCUAAGAGGUGCACACAUGUAGAGUUUCUUUUUGUUUUCAUUUUUUGUCUCUUUAUUAGCACCUUCUUUUAUAUGUGGCAUUAGGCUUGAGUUUUGUGUAUA